GGUCGCACAGAUGUGUUGCAACUCGAAAGUGUGAUUGAAUAAAAUGUAAAAUAGAGAUAAAACAUAUUCGACUUUUAAUGAAUAUACAAUCUAUUAUGAACAUUUUUUUUUGCGUUAUUAUAUAUUUAUUUAAAACGUUUAACGCGAAAGUGAAACUGGUGUUCGACACAGAUUGUCUUCAGACUCCAUUGAACGUUGUUGGAGUGUUGUGCUGCGCUUAACAAUGAUUUGGAUAGUGCUUUUGUUGUGUCUUGGGCUCGUUAAAUGCCAAACCGUAGACCAAACUGAAGACGAAUUGAUGUUUGCACAAGUCAUUUUUCGGCACGGAGACCGCACGAUUCGUAAAACAUUUGCAACAGAUCCGUACAAAGACAAAGUGCAUUGGCCGGAAGGCUGGGGCCAGCUAACGAAUUUAGGAAAGCAACAACAGUAUGAACUGGGGAAAUACUUCCGUCGACGUUAUGCAAAGCUCCUUGGAGACGGUUCUUAUUCACCUGACAAGGUAUUCACUGUAUCAUCAGCUCUUGAUCGAACUAUAAACUCCGCUUCCUUAGUGCUCGCCGGCUUAUUUCCCCCACAACAAAAUCAAGUUUGGAAUCAAGAAAUUUUCUGGCAGCCAAUACCAGUGUAUUCCAUACCACAAUCAGAAGAUUACCUUAUCAAAGCCGAUGAUGUGUGUCCUUUAUAUGAAAAAUUGCUCAAAGAAUACGAAAAUUCACCAGAAGUGCAAGCUGUAAUUGAAAGGAAUCAAGAAUUAUUUGAAUACUUGGAGAAGCAUGCUGGUCAACCAAUUCGAGAUUUGGAGCAAUUAAAAGAUUUGCAUGGCACUUUUAUUGUCGAGCAUUCCAUGAAUAAAACAAUCCCAGAUUGGGCUCAGACAGUAUUCACUCCCGGUGGAGACUUUGAGUAUUUGGCGGAGUACUGGUUGAAGUUCACCAGUGGCACGAAUCAGUUGAAACGUUUGAAAUCUGGAUUUCUGCUGAAAGAGAUAUUGGAUCGCUUUAAGAACAAAACUGUAUCGGUUUUGUCUUCAAAUCAUUCUUUAAGGCUAUACUCAGGUCACGACACGACAAUUGCGAAUAUGCUGAACAGUCUCGGGCUUUUUCAUCCUCACAUUCCGCCAUAUUCGUCCAGUCUCCUGUUCGAACUGUAUAAAUCAAACGACGAUUUUUACGUGCAACUAUUCUACCGUAAUAAUUUAACCGAAGACCCAUCGCCAUUAAAUAUUCCCUUGUGUGGAACGAAAUGUCCAUUAAAUCGAUUUUAUGACCUGUACAAUGCUAUUUUACCAUCUGAUUUCGGAACGGAAUGUCAUUUACCGACGGAGAAGUUAUCUCAUAGGAACAGAAGGCGUGUGAACCAUGACAAAAAAGGCCAUCAAAAUCCAUGAAUUUUAUUUUUCGCCCGUAACUUUGCAAGAAGAAAAGAAAAAUUGACCACAUACUGUGUACGAUAGCAGUAAAGUAGGAAUUAUUGUUAGGUCGAAGGGAUUUUUCAUGACCAUUUAUGCGCCAAAUUAUCAUUCAUUCAAAUGGGUAAUCAUUUAUUGAUGACCAUUCUCUCGAAGAUUAACCUCAAAUGCAUUACAUUUUCAUAGAAACAACCGAAGCGAACAUGAUUGUUUUUCGUGUUAUUCCGUUAUGAUUGCAGUUAUAUGUCAAUAGUACUUCCAAUGUAAUAAAAUUCAAACAGACAAAAUAUUCAUUUCUUUUUAUUGAUAUAAUAUGUAUUGGAAUUUGGAAAUAAAAUCAAUAUCAGCGGUAUCAAGAUGAAACCUUUCUGUACGUGUUAGUUAAGAGUAACCAAUUUCCGUGCAAUUAUAGUCAUUAUUCAAACUGAUUUUGUUUAAUCUAUUGUAAUCGCGGUCAAGUUCAUUAGUUCAGUACACACUAGUUAGUUAAUGUUAGUGUUUCUCUCAAUGAUGAAUAAUGAAAUCAAACGUCUGAAUGAAUUGCUUUAAUUAUCGACGUGACCAAUUAUAAUUUUAAUUAUAAAUAGAAAACUAUGCACACAGAUUUCAUAUAGCAUGCUAUAUAGCAUCUAUGUUAACUUAAAUUCAAGUAUAUUCAACGAAGGAAGAAACAUUGGGACUGAGUAGCACGUGUUGAAAAAGUGUAUAACAUAGAUUUUGGUUCAUUUUAUACAAGAUAUCGGUUAACUUUCAUGAUAACUUAGCAAUCAGAUUGUAAAAACUGAAUAAAAAUGCUGAGUUGAUUUAAAUCUAAGACCAUUUUUUUUAUUUAAAAAAACAUUGUCACUAUAUUAUUGUUACUAUAUUUAUAUUGGCAAAAUCGUUUCGAUUUUACAUUUUUUGUAAUGACUUAUAAUUUAACCACAGAAUGACUGUGUUUGAACUUCAAAAUAUGUUGGUCACUGCUUUUGUAAUUUUAUACAAUUUACCAAUUGUUUAUAUAAAUUGAUAUUCAACACGAAUUGGCUUCAGACUGCAUUGAACACUGCUGUAGUUCGAUCGUAUUGCAAAAGUGUUGCUUCUCAGAAUUAUGAUUUGGAUUGUGUUUUUAUCGGCGUUAGAAUUGGUUCAUUGUAAUAUUGCGGUUGGAAAAGAAUACAAGUUCGUUUUUGCACAAGUUGUAAGUGAAAAAUAUUUGAAUUAAAUCAUUAAUUGUGAACAAAGAAUUCAAAUAAUUUUGAAUUGGAGACUAUUGAAAAAUUUAGUUAAAAAUUAAAUUCUUUAUUUUUAAAGAGUUUUCAUUGAAAUUUGAUUAGAUAUUCCGCCAUGGAGAUAGAAACAUUCGGUUCGGUUACGCGACUGACCCAUACACAGUAAACACGUUGGUUCUAACUUUUAGAACCGCAAUAUGAAAUUUGGCACUAAAAUCCAUUACCAUUUGUACUAGAAAAAAUUCAAAAUGUACUGAAUCACAAAUCAAAGCUUCAUGUAUUUAUUUCAGAACUUUUAAACUUUUUCUAGAGCAAAUGGUACUAAAACAAAGUCAAGUGUCAAAUCUCAACAUUCCUAGAAUCAUUGUGUUUACUGUGUAUAAAGAUGGACCAAUUUACACUGCCCGAGGGCAACUGUUCUACAGGAAUACAACAGCAAAAAGCCCAUCCAAAUUGCAUUUUCCAAAUUGUGGUACGAAAUGUCAACUCAAUCAAUUUUAUGAAUUAUACUCCGAUAUUUUGCCAUCUGACUUUGAAACCGAAUGUAGAUUGCUAACCAAAUAAUGACAAUUUGAAGAGGAUAUUAAAAAACGAUGGCCGAAAAGGUCACUAUCAGAUCAAUCAUAAUACAUUCUAAGCAAUCACAAACCAAAACGACGUUUUUUCAAAUGAGCCCAUAUAAACAAACAAAUAGUGAUGAUGUCAUGACAUGAACAUAAAAGAAAUGAACAAAAACGAUAAAAACUAAAUAAAAGUUCAACUAUUCCUUUUAUCUCUAAUCCUACAGCAAAUCGGAAAUCAUCAACACGAGAAAAUGUAACAUUUAUGCCGCAUAACAAAUCGUAAAAUGAAAUUGAACGAAAUAGAUUCAUUUUUUUCGUUUUCUAAUUUAAAUCCGACUGUAUUUCCGUUAGCUGGACUAAAUUGUAAAAUAAAACACUAUUACGAAUACAGAACAAA